AGAAAUUUGGUAAUUCAGCCUCUUAUCUUAAUUACGAGAUAAUUUAUUGAUAUAAAUCGAACACUUCAAUUAAUAAAAAGCUAAAAUUAAAGGAAUUUAAGAAAUUAGUACUCGUUAGUGAUGCAACAUAAGUAAUUCAUGUGAAAGCAUUGCUGAGCGUGUAGAGGUUAGGAGGACAUCUGUCAUGGUUCAAAGAGUUGGAGCGACAAAAAUUUUUAUUUAUCAAAUGAUCUGAAGAUCGUGGAGCAAUUAGUGAUUUGAUUAGUAAUGGGUCUGCUAACGGUACUGAAAAAGUUGAAGCAGAAAGAGAAAGAGAUGCGGAUCUUGAUGUUGGGCUUGGACAAUGCGGGCAAAACAACGGUGUUAAAAAGACUCAAUGGCGAGCCGAUAGACACUAUAUCCCCCACGCUUGGCUUUAACAUCAAGACGUUGGAGCAUCGUGGAUACAAGCUCAAUAUAUGGGACGUUGGUGGACAAAAAUCAUUGCGUUCAUACUGGCGAAAUUACUUCGAGUCUACAGACGGGCUUGUCUGGGUAAUAGACAGCGCGGACAGAAGGAGAUUGGAUGAUUGUAAAACGGAAUUGUACAAGCUCCUGCAAGAGGAGAGGCUGGAGGGUGCGAGUCUCCUUGUGUUCGCCAACAAGCAAGACAUGCCUGGUGCGUUAUCCGCCUCUGACAUAGCAGAAAUUCUGGAGUUACCUAAUAUAAAGACUCAUCACUGGCAGAUCUAUAAGUGCUCCGCUGUGACAGGUGAAAAUCUAGUGGAUGGUAUCAAUUGGAUCGUUGACGAUAUUGCAGCGAGAAUAUUUUAUAUAGAAUAAAUCAGAGUUAAGUAUUAACGCUAUAUACAAAUAUUGUUUACCUCAUUUUAUGUAUAGAAAAAGCGCUUGAUAAAUUUUUGCAAUCACACUUAUACUGUAGUUUGAAUUGUGAAUACACGAUAUGUGUAUAAUACAGUAUUGUAAGGAGAUUCUAAAAUUGUUUUCAUUUAUUUAUUGUACAAUAAAUAACGAAUAUCU